CAUCAUAACACAGAGGAGUUUUUCUGAGUUUGGCUUCGCGGCGCAUGGCAAAGCGGCUCUGGCGAUACAGCUGCUGUUUUGUGUGUUAGCUGUCUCGUUUUAAUACGGUUUUAAAACAGAGGUUGAUAUUGAGCCGUGUUUUGUUCUGCCAUCAGAGUGGGUUAAGAGUAUAUAAAAGCCUGGCAUGGACACCACCUGCUCACCUUGAAACCUAAGACAUCUAUGGGUCUCAUACUUCCAUAUAGGUCUAAUGCGUAUAUGUACCUAUUUCAUCAGGACGCCAGAAUGAGUGAUCGUUCGGAAGAAAACUGGAAGGAAAGCAGUUCUGCCCAGGAAACAUCAGCAGAAAGAAAUGCCUCUCCUUCUAAGGACUGCUCAAUAACACAAAAACAAUUGCAACAAAUAGAAAAACAACUAAAAUGCUUAGCAUUUCAAAAUCCAGGACCUCAGGUAGCUGACUUCAAUCCUGAAACCCGAGAGCAGAAAAAGAAAGCCCGCAUGUCACAGAUGAACCAAGAUUUUUUUUAUAAGCCCAAAAUCACAAAGAAGUACAACAGACAUGGCAGACUGCUUUGUAAUAAUGUCGAUUUGUGUGACUGCCUGGAAAAGAACUGCCUGGGUUGCUUCUACCCUUGCCCCAAAUGCAAUUCCAACAAAUGUGGACCAGAAUGUCGCUGCAGUAGGAAAUGGGUUUAUGAUACAAUUGAGACUGAGUCUGGGGAUGUGAUCAGCAUGUUACCAUUUGUUGUCCCUGACUGAUGUUCUGGUUUUUAUUUGCAUCUGAGCAAAGUUCUUCUUUCUUCUGAUUUUAUUAAAGUAAAUCUCGGCUUUAUGAGUU